AUUAAAAUAUUGUCCUAUCAAAACAAUACAAUUAUAAUAGUCAUGCGAACCCUCCAUUUUGCAUCUAUGUAGCAAUCUUUAACUUUUUUGCAGGUCAAGUAAAGAUGAUGCGGAACAAGCUAGUCGUUGUAGUAUCGAUCAUCUUGAAUCUUGUACUUACCAUCCAUAUUCUUUAUAAUAAUUCAACCACAUGGAAUCCAACAUGGACCAAUAGAGCAGCCGCGGAGGCCGAAGCUGCAGCCUCUCUUUCAUGCUCAGGGCAUGGCAGAGCUUACGUGGACGGUCUUGGUGUCCUUGACGGCCAUAAACCUCCUUGUGAGUGCAACAACUGCUACACAGGCAAAGAUUGCUCCUUCUUUGUACCAGAUUGCCCUGUCGAUGCUGACUCAGGAAACCCUUUGUUCUUGGAGCCUUUCUGGAUGCGUAACGCAGAGGGAAGUGCGGUUGUUGAGUCAGGGUGGCACAGGAUGAGUUAUCGUUAUAGCGAAAUUGGCUCAUUUGUGUCUGCAGAACUCGAGAAGAUCAUUAGAGAGCUGCAUAAUGUAGUGGGAAAUGCAGUUACUGAUAACAGAUUCAUAAUCUUCGGAACUGGAGCCACACAAUUGAUUGCAGCUUCUGUUCAUGCCUUGUCCCAAACUAACUCGUCCUCAUUAUCUCCUUCCAGACUUGUGACUUCUGUUCCAUACUACAAUAUGUACAAACAACAAGCAGAUUUCUUUAAUUCUGCCGAUCUCAAGUUUGAAGGAGAUGCGUCUGCGUGGAAGAAGAGCGAGGGCAAUGAUAAUAUGACAAGAGUUAUAGAGAUGGUGACAUCUCCGAAUAAUCCAGAUGGGAAGCUGAAAAGAGCGGUUCUUGACGGUCCCAAUGUCAAAACAAUUCAUGAUUGUGCUUACUACUGGCCUUAUUUCUCACCUAUUACACAUCCAGUUGAUGAAGAUUUGAGCUUGUUCAGCCUCUCCAAGUCUACGGGUCAUGCGGGCUCAAGAUUCGGCUGGGCAUUAGUAAAAGACAAAGUUGUUUAUGAAAAGAUGAAAAGAUAUAUAAGUCUAAGUAGUAUGGGAGUUUCAAGAGACACACAACUUCAUGCUUUGCAGUUGCUUAAAGUAGUGAUCGGUCAUGGUGGAGAUAAUAUAUUCCAUUUUGGUUAUGGAACGUUGAAAAAAAGAUGGGACAAACUGAACGAGAUCAUGUCCAUGUCCAAGCGUUUUUCGCUCCAGACAAUCAAACCUGAGUACUGCAACUAUUUCAAGAAAGUUAGGGACUUUACUCCAUCUUAUGCUUGGGUGAAGUGUGAGAGACCAGAAGACAAAAACUGCUACGAAAUUUUCAAAGAGGCGAAAAUAACAGGACGCAAUGGCGAAUGGUUUGGAUCGGAGGAAAGGUUUGUGCGUUUGACUCUCAUCAGAUCACAAGACGACUUUGAUCAGCUUAUUGCUAUGCUGAAGAAGUUUGUCUCCAAGGAAGCUGUAUUAGUUGGCUCUAUCUGAAACUUUUUGUUGUGAUCACAUGUCUUCAAUUCAAUCAUAUGAAAUAAAUAUCUUGAUUUCAGUCACA